AUGUUCGAGGAUUUCUCCUUCUCGUCGCCUUCUUCACGGCCGACUCGUUUAGCGCUUGAUGGAGACGAUCGGAUCAUGGUCGAUGGUGACAGUACACUGAUCUCGCCAUUAUCAUCUCGCUGUCCGUCGCCGACAUCGCACCGCUUCCGUACGCUCUCGCGCUCGCGGUCCUCUUACUUUCGUUCUCAACAGCCGCCCCCAACAUCCGUGCCAUUUCCUUACGAAUCCAAACGCCUCUCAAUCGCGACUCUUACUCAGAAACUCCAUGAACAUACUCUCCAGUCUCCAAAUGGCGAAUCCCUCCCCGAUCGCGGCCGCUUAGGGCAAGAUGGACGACUUUCUGGUCAAUAUGCCGGCUAUGUUCUUACCCCACCAGAUACAGAUCAUGAUGAAGAUGGUCAUUACACUUCAUCACCUUCUCUCUGCUCAAACCCAAGCCCUACAUCUAUUCCCCCAGAUUUUCCCUCUCUAGACGGACCCCCGGACCUGUCAAGUGAUCCGUUCAAUAUCCGGCGGCAAAGACAACAGAUCUCGCAAUUACAAUGCAACCAGGGUGACGUCGACGCGAUCCGUCGAACAGUCUAUUCCGAGGAUGGCGAAGAUGAUUGUCAUCCCAGUUCUUUACCACCACGAUCUUCUCCACGUCGAAGGGCACUUACGCAACACCGCAGCAGGUUCGGGCCCGCAGAGCCAUUGGGAGAAUCUCGGGGGCGCAGAAAGAGCAGUUGCAGUGCUUUAAUGUCUCACCGGAUUGAAAAGAGUCAUCAUCCUUCGUUUGCGGGACGGGAUGCCUCUAAACGGAAUGAGCAGGGUCUUCGACGGAAGAGUAUGGUGACUGCGGCGCUGGCGUCUGUAGUGGAGAAACCAUGA